AUGCAUAUAUGGGGGGCUGAUAAGCAUUCGCAUCUCCAAAGAAUCCAGGCAAAUAUCCGAUGUGCUGUCGAUCGUUUGAGCAUCCGCUCGUUUGAUGGUCUGAGUGAAGUAUUGCGUUGUCGAAGAUGCCGCAUGGAAUCGGAAAGAGCCAUCGGAUGGAAAUGUAAAAAUUGUACAUCAAUGUGGAAUUUGGAAUGGAUGAAUGGGAUAAUUGGAAGUGCUGGUCGACAAAACAAUGAAAUUUCCCUGGCCACUCGUCAACGAGACCAUCCCACAAUAUUCAAGAUGAUUGAGCUUGCAUUCUGUCCUUCACGAGUUCAGAAAAGAGGAAUGUUAUACUGCAUCAGAUUACUCAAACCACUGACUGGCGAGGUUCAUCAACAAUAUCCUGUCAUCGGGGGCCAUUUUCUGAAAGAGUUGCAACGGAGAGUUGAGAAUGUUUACAAUGGAAUAUUCGCCUUACUCGAUGGGCAUGAUGCUGAAUGUCUAUGGUUGAGAACCAACGUCGAAGACUCGUUAAGACGUAAUGCUGGAUUCUGGAUGUUCUUCCGCCUGACGGUCCCGAAUAAAGAUUUCAUGGGAUGUUUGGUGCUGGAACCGCGAUUCCCCGACUAUAUGUGGCUUAUCGAUCGA